CCUCUGUGUUCUCUUGGCAUCAUGAAAGAUGCCUGGGAGCGACUGCGCCAGUGUAUCAGCCCCACUACCAUAGUGUGCCCUGGUGGAAGUGGCACCCCUAUACUGGGACAUGUCUUCCAUUUUCUGUGUGGGAGUCUCCUCCGGACAUCAGCUCUGGUGGACAAAGAUGGAGGAGCGCAGGCCGACCCAAAAGCCAUCACUCUUGCCAUGGCACAGCAACACCAAAGAGCCCAGGUACGUUUAGAGGCGCUGUGUCAGAUUUCCUCAUUCCUGUCAGAAAUGGAAGAAAAGAACACGUGCUCUCUAGCGCCCCCUCGAUUCCCUGGCCUCCUGCAGUCAGUGCAGCUGCAGUUCCUCUCGGGAUGCUUUGGUCUGGGAGCACCAAUCACUGGCAGUCUGACUGCACCCAACAACAAGAUUCAUCAUUACACUGCUGGGACUCAAUCGGCUCCUAUAGGCGUUCAGAGGGAUCUGCAGUCUGCGGCUCACACACUGUACCAGCAGCUUGUGCGUGUGCUUAGACAAAAGGUGGCGCUAGAGAGAGAACAAGCAGGCUUUUGUCAGCACCUGCUGUUAGCUACGGUCUUUGCUUUGAACUUUCACUAUCAGCCUGUGGAUCUGGUGGUGAUUAUCAAAUGUGGCGUCCUGGACAUUUUGUCCACGUUGACCGAUAACACAUGUGUGCUUGUGAAUCAGCGCUGGCUGGCCGCGUCCAUGUCGGGUCACAUGCAGCUGGGAGGAGCGGUGAAGCUGGCUGCGGCCAGACACCUGCAGAUAUUUGCCAUAGCUGCCAGGUGAGAUUAUGGACUUGUC